AUGAGAAGUGUGGUUGAUAUAACUCGAUUCCCAAGUGUCAACACACAAGGGGUGGCCAUGGCCAGGGUAGCCUUUGGGUCAUAUGGCCUAAACACCCCUCACUUACAUCCACGUGGCUCGGAGAUUUUUGCCGUGGUGGAAGGGAUGUUGUAUGCCGGUUUUGUGACUACUAGUUACAAACUAUACGACACGAUACUUAACAAGGGUGAUGUUAUUGUGUUCCCUCAAGGUUUAAUCCAUUUCCAAUUAAAUUUAGGCAAGAAAGACGCUUUGGCCUAUGCCUCAUUUGGGAGCCAAAAUCCAGGGCGAGUUAAUGUCGCGGAUGGUGUGUUUGCGACUACCCCACGUAUAUUAGACGAUGUUCUUACCAAAGGGUUUCAGGUGGGCGAGAUGGUGAUCGAGCAACUUCGUUCUCAAUUUUCCACCGAAACCAUAUCAGUCAACACCGGGAAAUCGAUAUUGAAAUUGUUAUCUCAAAUUAACUUUCUAAUUUUACAUACUAUGUAGUACAUAGAUGUUUGGUCAAGUACCAAUAUCGUACGUGUGUAUUCAUUUGCGCUCUAGCUAUAUUUUCUGUACUUCGUAUGUAUUUUAGUACUAACAUUGUUUUGCUGUAUUUUCAUUAUUUGUGAUUGAUUAUAACUGUAUUACUGUAUAUGUAUUUGCAAUAAAUUAAUCCUUUUUCCAUUAUAGUACGGAGUAGGUGUUUUAUGUAUUCAUUUCAUCUACUUGUAGUUUUAUGAGUAGAGGAAGCUAGCUGUACAAGAUGAACUACUGAAUAUACAUACAUAUAAAAAAAGCUAUCCAAAGCUAUUUAAUACUUCCUCCGUUCCACAAUCGAUGCAUCAUUUCUCAUCGCACGUAUGCCAACGCGCUAGUUUGAACAUUAAU